CAGCCUACUAUAUAAGCAGAGCUUCAAGGGACAGAGAGCUGGCAGAGACCUUAAUUUUGUCUCUGUACAGUUUGUCAUCUCCAUCCAGCACCGGGCCAACAGUAACAAACCAUGGAUGAUAUUUACAAGGCAGCAGUUGAGCAGUUGACAGAAGAACAGAAAAAUGAAUUCAAGGCUGCUUUUGAUAUAUUUGUCCUGGGUGCAGAGGAUGGGUGUAUCAGCACAAAGGAGCUGGGGAAGGUGAUGAGAAUGCUGGGGCAGAAUCCUACCCCCGAGGAGCUGCAGGAGAUGAUUGAUGAAGUAGACGAAGAUGGUAGUGGCACUGUAGACUUUGAUGAGUUCUUAGUUAUGAUGGUCAGGUGUAUGAAAGAUGACAGCAAAGGAAAAUCAGAAGAAGAACUUUCCGAUCUCUUCAGAAUGUUUGACAAAAAUACAGAUGGAUACAUAGACCUAGACGAACUAAAACUCAUGUUGCAAGCUACAGGAGAAACGAUCACUGAAGACGACAUUGAGGAACUGAUGAAAGAUGGAGACAAAAAUAACGAUGGCAAGAUUGACUACGAUGAAUUUCUGGAGUUUAUGAAAGGCGUUGAAUAAGCAUGAGAUCUCUGGAAAAGCAGCCUCGGACACCUCCAGUUCUGUUUUCCUUACUACUUGCAUGAUGUCAUGUACUGAAGAUGGUGAACAUCAGGAAAGUGUGACCCAUAUCUUAAGUGCCUCAGAUAGUCAUCCAAUGGAAUAUUUAUUGAGUCAGGUUGUGGUCCUGUUUACUUGUUAUUGCUUUCCAUGAUUAUAAUGUGCCCUUUAAUGUAUGAAUGGGUUGUGCAGGUGACAAUGAAAAAUGAGGCUUAAAUGACUAUUGAGACAUUUAAUAAUUCGCUACAAACUCUGAUUUAACAGUGGAGCUACAGCUCAUCCUCCACCAGUGUCAAGCGGAAUGUAAAAGUACAGUGUGUACAGAAAUAAAAAUUUCUUUUUGAAAUGCUAAUAAAAUUAUUUUAAAACUAAA